AUGCCAUGUGCUAUCAGCGGGGUCAAAGCGCGACGAUAUCUAUAUGAUCAUACGGAUGAGGGAUACAAUCUCAUCCCAUGGCGAAACAAUGCAUGGGUGGAAAUUGCCGACGCCCUUGACUCCUCUCGUGAAUCGGAUGAUAGCGCAAUAGCGGUGAAAGAGGAACAACCGGACAAUGGUCAUAUCUCUCCUAUGGAGACUGCUAUCUCAUUCAUAAAACAAGAGAUAAGCCGUGCGGCUGAGGCUGCGGUUGAGCCGCCUUCUUCAUCUGAUGCAGCCAUAGAAUCUCCCUCAAUGACACCGUUGUCUAAUCAAGGUUAA